GGGUGUGUGUGUGUGUGCUCCCUGGCUAUAAAAGCUACGCUGUCACGAGGCCACUAUCCUGCAGAGGAGCUCAAGUGUAAGUCAGAGAAAGCAGAAACUACACUUGCCUUCCCCUGGCUGCCCUGUCCUCUCUGUAUAAAUUGCAACCAUGGCCAGAAACCUGCUGAAGAAUCCCAAUGGAGAGGAGCAGCUGGAAUUCUGGGAGCUGACAGAGAACGGAGGGAGUCAGUGGAAGGUGGAGGACAUGCCGGGAGACUGUGGCUACGACUUCUGCAACGAAGGAGUGACCAAAUACUUUGCAACCUCCUUUGAGCUGUGUCUGAAGAGACAGGUGAUCGACUUGUUAGCGGAGGGUUUCUCUUCUGAACAACUGGACGCCCAGCCACCCGUCACGGUGGAAGACUGGUACAGUGGCAGAUCGGAUUGUGGUUGCACCUAUCAAAUGACCGUGUGUCUGCUGGAUGAGAAUCAUGAGGUCAUACAGGAGUUCAAACCUGACCCAGUGACUCUCGAUCCUGAAUGUGACGACUGCUCGUGGAAACAGGUCAGCCAUACAUUUUCUAACUAUGGCCCUGGAAUGAGUCACAUCUCCUUCGAACACGGAGGACAAGACACCAAGUUCUGGGAUGGCUGGUUUGGAGUCCGGGUCACUGGGAGCUCUGUUAUUGUCGAGGUCUGACCAGGAGGAAAAAGGGUGAAAGAAGAAGGGACAGGCGAAGGAGGAAGGCUUCAGGCUGACAGAGUGGUGUGUAUGUUCUGAGGUUUCAAGAGGACCAGCUUUGCCUUAUGCACUUAGCUUGCACAUUUGUAUAUCAUGUACAAAAAAUACUGCUCCUGCUAUGAAGACCCCAGUUGCAAAUCUUGAAGAAGAGCUAUCACGGUGGCAUGUCAGCUUUACUAACCUCAAGAUAUUAAAGCUACUGCUUGCAACACGGUCAUUAAUCAUGGUCCAUUCACUCUGCACAGUGACUUAUCCUGGUGUUUAACUAAAUAAUGUGUUUUGUGGGUAGGGGUGUUGUAAGCAGUCAAGUGGUUGACCAUUCAAAUUGAAAUUAA